AAAAAACCCUCACAUUUCGACUCCUCGUCAGGAAUCCCUAAGCUCCAUACCGGAACCGGUCCUCCGUGAGUGUUCACGACAACUAUAUAUACGGACCCUUUUCGUCGCUGCCCUUCGCCGCCCUUUAACCGAGUUAUCGACAUCAAACCGGGGCUUCACAACGAUCAAGGCAACAACAGGGGAAGCUUUCGCUUGCGCAUCACGCAUUCAUCCUAUCAUUGCAUUCGCACUUCACCUCCAGCCAUUAAGUCAAACCUCUUUAUCUUCACGAAACUUUCGCCCUUGACACAACAUACCUAGCCAUGGCACGUUCAUGUCUGUUCGAAAAUCCUCUGUGUUGGUGCCUCGGAAUGCUGUCACACGACAGCCAUAGAGACAACCGUGACAGUGGUGGCGCGAAAGAGAACGACAAUAAGAAUACUGGAAAGGAGAAUGACAAAGCCGACAAAAUAGCGGACAAAAAGUCCGGCUCAAACGUGGGCUUCGACGAAAGGAACCCAAAUCUGUGCUGGAAAUGCAGGAAAGUGGACUUCAACUCACUAUUCCGACCAUAUGACUGUUUGAUGUCUGGCAAACGCGGCAUAUUCGAGUCUCAUCGGCGAAAUUGUCAUGACGGGCUGGAACCCAUUUCUCGCACACAUCGAAUGAGGAGCCCCCGAUUGGAGUACAGAGGCUUGCUGGGCAAGUUGGAUAGCCAGGCACCGGGUUGUUCUUUCUGUGCUUUUCUGUAUCAGUGCCAAGUUCGCUUGAAUCUGAUUCCAACAAGUCAAGAACAAUGGUACUGCACAGACGUUGCGGCGUUGCAACUGUACCAAGUCAAAAAGAGAGGACUUGGCAGAAAUAUCUGGAUUCCGCAGCCUAUUCUGCGUGUGGUCGACAGUGACAGCAAGACCCUGACACGAAAUAAACGUGCCGGCGGUGGACUUCUAGGAAGGAAACUUGAUCCUAAAAAGGUCAAUUUGGAUCUCAUCGGGGAAUGGCUAACGCUCUGCCGGUCGACACAUUCCCAUUGCGAAGACGUGGACGCGGGCAGAAUACCAGGACUUCUGGUUAUUGACUGUAUCACUGGCUAUAUCGUCCCUAUCCCACUCGAACAUAAUGCUACCAAUCAGGUGGCAAACUAUGUUACGCUCAGUUACCUUUGGGGCACAGCUGAAGCAACCGGCGAAUCGGUUGUUCAAUCGACCAACUGCGAUGGUGGUAGCGGUCUUGCUCUUCCAACUCAGAUACCCCUAGUCAUCAGUGACGCGAUACGGGUCGUCAAGCAACUGGGAUACCGAUACCUGUGGGUAGAUAGGUACUGUAUCCCACAAGAAGACGGGGCAGCCAAGCACAGACAGAUCCUGAACAUGGGAAGGAUAUAUUCAAACUCCAGUCUCACGAUUAUUGCCGCAGCUGGUGAUGAGCCGGAAUAUGGACUACCAGGCGUGAGCUCACGAUCUCGUCUCGCGCAGGUGGGAGUGCAAAUCAACGACAAGAUUUCUCUCGUACUAUAUGAGCCGCCAACGGAUCACAUUACCAAUUCCAAAUGGAAUACCCGAGGUUGGACAUACCAAGAAGGCCUUUUGUCGAAGCGUAGGCUCGUCUUUACGGAUCUCAUGGUCUACUUUCAGUGUCAUGAGAUGCAUGGCGAUGAAGUACUGUCGCUUCCUAUUCCCGGAUCAGGAGAAGACUAUGAUGAGAUCCGUCCACUGUCGCCUAAGACAUUCGACAUCGGGAGGGUAUUUCCGAAAGUGACCGACUGGGACGAUUCUUUGACGGCCUGGGAAAGAAUCAGUGAAUACGGACCGAGAGAACUUGGUUACGACUCUGAUGCCUUGAACGCCAUCAGUGGUGUGAUGGAAAUUUGCCUGAGGAUCAGGUUACAAAAGAAUGGCGACUUACAUAACCUUUCACAUCUGACAGGAGUCUUCGUGGAUCUCCUCGAUGGCUGUUUGAAGAAGCGGUCUCCGGCAAAGGAGAUUGCUCAAAACUUGUCUUUCUGA